AUGGAAGAACUUCAACCUGGCCAAACUCUCAGAAGAAAUAUAGGCGCCCCGGAUUCCUUUCUGGACCAUAUGGUCGCUGGCGAGAGAUAUGAGCUAUUCUGGCCCGGGGCUAAAUAUGCCUUGUGGGCUUGGGGGACCUUACGUGAGAAUUGGGAUCAAGAAAUUGGGGUUAACUCGGGGCUACCCCCUGUUGUUAUCCCGGGGGGACCCUACUGCUCUUUUCCCUGCGUAGAGGUGGAAGAAACUCCGGAGCCUGAGCCGUACGACGACCCUCGGGUAGAGAAAUCGGAACGAAUCUUUGGAACCCCUUACAUAAGUGUGUUUCUAGAAGGCCCAUCGGAAAUGUCUAAAACGGAAAUUUUUUUUAUUACAGUAAAGAUCACCUAUAAUGGUCUGACGAAUGAGGAACACGAGGCUAUCUAUACUGAUCCAAAGCCGAUCAUCAUACACGAUUACCCUUUUACUCAUGAUCAUUUUCGACUUCAACGCCGCUGCCUUGAUUACGAUGCGUUGAAGAAUUCUGACGAGGAUCCUACACAGUGGAAGACUUAUUUUGACGACGAAAGAAAUCCGGGUUGGAGGAUUGUAGAUGAGCCCGACAUUGAGGUCAACGUCACGGAUCCCCAAUUUUUCCGCAGCCUAAAACCAGGGGAAACUUUUGUCAAAAACCAUUCCUUUAACUUUCUCGACUUGCAUCCCCAUACAGUGGUCGGCGACACAUAUCGAUAUCGGUACUGGGGUGGCUGCGUUGACUGGUGGAUUUGGGGUGAUCGCGAAGAGCAUGCGAAUACAGUAGUGAAAUUACCAUGUUGGCUGCAUGAUUAUGUCGUCGACCCCGCUGAUAAUGAUGGAAGGCCGGUUAUAAUGAUCCCGUCAUCCAAUUUUGUCGAAUUUACUGUUGUUGAUUGA